AUGGGUCAGGUAACGGUUGAAUUACGUUUAGUUUUUUUAAAAAUUGGUGAAAUCGAUACAUUAAAAGAACAAUUUCAAGCUGAAGCUUUUAUUCAAGCGCGUUGGUUUGAACCGACCUUAAAAGGAACGGAUAUUGAUUGUUUCGAUGCAAAUAAAUUUUGGAAUCCUUUAUUACAUAUUGAUAAUUCAGUUGGCGAUUUAAAAAAUGAUGUUUGGCAUAAAGUUGUUUAUGAUGGAAUGGAUACACCAAUGGUGUAUGAAAUGAGAAAAGUUAAAGGUGUUUUUCUUGAAAAUCUUGAACUUAAUGAUUUUCCAGUUGAUGUUCAAGAUUUAACAAUCACCAUAUCAACAACACGAACUGUUAAUGAAGUAUCACUUGUUGCAGAUACCAAUCAAUUAAGUGCAAUAAAUACACAUACAUUUAUCGAUCAACAAGAAUGGCGUUUGCAUGAACAUGUUGAAACAUCAACAAAAUUAUUAUCAAGUCCAUUUUCACCAUCGCAAAAUCAACAUCCAGCUUUUUCAGCAACUUGUCAUGCAGCUCGACGACCAGGAUAUUUUUAUUGGAAUGUUUAUUUUCUUAUUUUUUUUAUAACCGUAAUGGCAUUCGCUACGUUUAGUGUUACUUAUAAUCUUCCACAAAAUCGUCUUCAAUUAAGUUUUACGCUUCUUUUAACAGCUGUCACAUUUAAAUGGGUUGUUGUUCGAUGUUUACCGACAAUAUCUUAUUUAACAACAUUGGAUAAAUAUGUACUUCUAUCUAUGGUCAUGUUAUGUGUUGUAUGUGGAUGGCAUGCAUUGAUUGCUGUUUGUCCCCCUGAUGUAGCACCACAUUGGGAUAAUAUAGCAUUAAUUACAUUAGCUAUAAUAUAUGUAUUAUUUCAUAUAAUAUUUUUCUUUUGGAUGUAUUUUGUUACAUAUCGAAGAAGACGUUUAAUGAAACGAAAAGAUAGGGAAUAUAUGAGAAAUCAUUUGGAGCAUUCAUCAACAUCUGGUCAUCUUUCAGCAAAUGAAUUAGAUACAUAUGUUGGUUCAUCAUCAGCAACAACAGUUGUACGUAAAAUAGCAAAUUCUAAAAAUGAACGUGGCUUAUCAAAUUCAUCAGAUGGAAUAUUAAGUAGGCCUUCUGAACAAAAUCAUCAAAUGAUGCUAAAUGAACACGCCGAUGAAUUAUAUCAACCAAAAAUAUCAAGAAAAUGUACAACUAUUAUUAAUCCGUUUAAUUAUGGACGCUUUAAUAAUAAUAAUAAUAAUAGUUUUAAUGCCCAACCAAUACUAUUAACUUCCGGUGAUAUUGAAGCAAUGACAAUGAGACAAUUUCGAAUAAGUUCUCUUGGAUGUUGA